AUGUGGAUGGAUAGAGGGGGAGAAAGGAAGAGCCCACACCAAUAAUCUGAAUUAUGCGAUGGUGGUGGUAAAGUGAAAUCUAAACAUUCUCUCUCUUCUCAAAUCUCCUUUUUCCACUUUUUCAAUUUCAACUCUCUUAUAUACCUGUUACAUUUACACCUCUCUCAAACCUCACCAUUCCUCUCAAUCAAACAAACUAACAAACAAACACCAAACUAUGCUUCUCUUCAUCCUCUUCCCUUUCCUUUCCCUUCUGUUGUUUCCAUCCCCCGCUCUCUCCCUCAACCAAGAAGGCCUCUUCCUUCACCAAAUCAAACUCUCAUUUUCCGACCCAGACUCUUCUCUUUCCUCCUGGUCCGACCGUGACUCCUCCCCGUGUUCCUGGUUUGGCAUAACAUGCGACCCAACAGCUAACUCAGUCACUUCCAUUGACCUUUCCAACGCUAACAUAGCCGGUCCAUUCCCUUCCCUCAUUUGCCGUCUCCAAAACCUUACUUUCCUUUCCUUCAACAACAACUCCAUCGACAGCAUUCUCCCUCUUGACAUUUCCGCCUGCCAAAAUCUCCAGCAUCUUGAUCUUGCUCAAAACUAUCUCACUGGUUCACUCCCUUACACCUUAGCUGACCUCCCUAACCUUAAAUAUCUCGACCUCACCGGUAACAAUUUCUCCGGAGAUAUUCCCGAUUCUUUUGGUCGUUUUCAGAAGCUCGAGGUUAUUUCUUUAGUUUAUAAUCUCUUUGACGGUAUAAUCCCUCCUUUUUUAGGCAACAUUACUACUCUUAAGAUGCUUAAUUUAUCUUACAAUCCUUUUUCACCGAGUCGGAUCCCGCCGGAGCUUGGAAACUUAACCAACUUAGAGAUUCUAUGGCUUACUGAUUGUAACCUAGUUGGUGAAAUACCUGACUCACUCGGUCAACUCAAGAAGCUUCAAGAUUUAGACCUUGCUGUCAACAAUUUAGUUGGUGAAAUCCCGAGUUCACUCACUGAGUUAACCAUCGUUGUCCAAAUUGAGCUCUAUAACAACUCGCUCACCGGCCACUUGCCUUCUGGGUUAGGCAAUUUAUCCGCAUUGAGACUUUUAGACGCUUCUAUGAACGAGUUAACCGGUCCAAUCCCAGACGAGUUAUGUCAGUUGCAGUUAGAAAGUCUCAAUCUUUAUGAAAAUCAUUUUGAGGGGAGGUUGCCUGCAAGCAUUGGUGACUCGAAGAAAUUAUACGAACUCAGGCUGUUUCAAAACCGAUUCAGCGGCGAAUUGCCUCAGAAUCUCGGCAAGAACUCUCCUUUAAGAUGGCUUGACGUGUCAAGCAACAAAUUUACAGGUGAAAUCCCUGAGAGUUUGUGUUCAAAGGGUGAGUUAGAGGAGCUGUUAGUGAUACAUAACUCAUUUUCUGGUCAAAUACCUGAAAGUUUAAGUCUAUGCAAGAGUUUGACCCGGGUCCGAUUGGGUUAUAAUCGGUUAUCAGGUGAAGUGCCAUCUGGGUUUUGGGGUUUGCCUCAUGUUUAUCUUGUUGAGCUUGUCAAUAAUUCAUUUACUGGUCAAAUUGGCAAAACUAUUGCUGGUGCUGCUAAUUUAUCACAGUUGAUUAUUGAUAAUAAUCGUUUUAAUGGAAGUUUACCUGAAGAGAUUGGUUGGUUAGAGAAUCUUGGGUCUUUUUCUGGCAGUGGAAAUGAGUUUACUGGAUCUUUGCCUGGGAGUAUAGUGAACUUAAAGCAGCUUGGAAAUCUUGAUCUUCAUGGUAAUUUGCUUUCUGGUGAGUUGCCAAGUGGAAUUGAUUCUUGGAAGAAAAUAAAUGAGCUAAAUUUGGCUAAUAAUGAGUUUUCAGGCAAGAUUCCUGAUGAAAUUGGAAGAUUGCCUGUGCUUAAUUAUCUUGAUUUGUCUAGCAACAGGUUUUCUGGGAAAAUCCCCUUUAGCUUGCAGAACUUGAAGCUGAAUCAGCUUAAUUUGUCGAAUAAUCGCCUGUCUGGGGAUAUUCCACCUUUUUUUGCUAAAGAAAUGUACAAAAGUAGCUUUCUUGGGAAUCCUGGUUUAUGUGGAGAUAUUGAUGGUUUGUGUGAUGGAAGAAGUGAAGGUAAAGGUGAAGGUUAUGCUUGGUUGUUGAAGUCAAUUUUUAUUCUUGCUGCUUUAGUUCUUGUUAUUGGUGUUGUUUGGUUCUAUUUCAAGUACAGGAAUUACAAGAAUGCAAGAGCUAUUGACAAAUCUAGAUGGACUUUGAUGUCGUUUCACAAAUUGGGUUUUAGUGAAUUUGAGAUCUUGGCUUCUCUUGAUGAGGAUAAUGUAAUUGGUAGCGGAGCAUCUGGGAAAGUAUACAAGGUUGUUCUUAGCAAUGGUGAGGCAGUUGCAGUGAAGAAGCUAUGGGGAGGAAGCAAAAAGGGAAGUGAUGAAAGUGAUGUUGAGAAAGGUCAGGUUCAGGAUGAUGGGUUUGGGGCUGAGGUUGAUACUUUGGGUAAGAUUAGGCACAAGAAUAUAGUUAAGUUAUGGUGUUGCUGCUCUACUAGAGACUGUAAACUUUUGGUAUACGAGUACAUGCCUAAUGGAAGCUUGGGUGAUCUGUUGCAUGGUAGCAAAGGUGGGUUGUUAGAUUGGCCAACGAGGUACAAGAUCCUUUUAGAUGCGGCUGAGGGGCUUUCCUAUUUGCAUCAUGAUUGUGUUCCUCCGAUUGUGCAUAGAGAUGUCAAGUCCAACAAUAUUUUGUUGGAUGGAGAUUAUGGUGCACGGGUUGCUGAUUUUGGUGUAGCCAAGGUGGUUGAUUCAACUGGAAAGCCAAAAUCUAUGUCUGUGAUUGCAGGGUCUUGUGGCUAUAUUGCUCCAGAGUAUGCCUACACACUUAGAGUGAAUGAGAAGAGUGAUAUCUACAGCUUUGGUGUGGUUAUUCUUGAGUUGGUCACAAGGAGACUUCCAGUAGAUCCAGAAUUCGGCGAGAAAGACUUGGUCAAGUGGGUGUGCACCACUCUAGACCAGAAAGGAGUGGAUCAUGUUAUUGAUUCCAAAUUAGAUUCUUGUUUCAAGGCAGAGAUAUGCAAGGUUCUCAACAUUGGCAUUCUCUGUACCAGUCCACUACCCAUCAACCGCCCCUCCAUGAGAAGAGUGGUAAAAAUGCUGCAAGAGAUUCGGCCAGAAAACAUGCCAAAGGCUGCUAAAAAGGAUGGGAAAUUAACCCCGUAUUACUAUGAAGAUGCCUCAGAUCAAGGAAGUGUAGCUUGAGUGUUACGAUCCUUUUUUUUUUGGGCAAGCGAGGAAAAGCUCCUCAGUUCUUCUGGGCCAGCUUCCCAGUUUUUACCUUGAGUUUGGUGUUUGCAUUACAAAAAUGAAAGAAAGAUGAAUCUUUCUUCCCAUACAGAUAGAGUAGUUGACGGGAAGGGAAAAAAGGAUAGUGAGAAAAGUGAAAAAAUGAAAGGGAAGGAGGUGUUAAGUUAUUAACGAGGAGUUCUUGUACCCGUGUAAAGUAAUUACUGUUGAGAGUAUUUAAUACUAUAUUUAGUAAUGAGUUCUUCUCUUUA